AUGUGUUUUAAGGUGUUCGAGCCACUCCAGGUGUGAUUUUUUGGCCACAAGACGCUGUUGCUUUUGCGUGGUCUCUCAUUACAUUAACGUUGCUCAGCAGGUAAUUAUCUCAUUAACUAAUUCAAUUAGUAUGUAAUUCCCUUAGGGCUCCCAAUGCAGCACUGGUUGGAUACAUGACAGUGCAGGGAACAUUUUGACACCAGUCUUGUAUCAAGUGAGUCAUGCAGUAAUGAGAUAUGACAUCACAAAAGAACAAAUUUCCCACGGUUGUAGCAACUGAUGGUUUGCACUGGAAACUCUGAAAUUCACUUAGCCCUACAUAUGGGCUAAAUGCCUGCAAAAUUUGGUUGGGCAAGGUAUAAUCCUCUUAGGGAUAUUAACGGUUAAAGUUUUUUGCAAUAUGGCGGACCAAAAACCUUGUCACCAGUCUCUUGUCUCGGUUUUUUACAUGAAAACGAGUCAAACUUUAACCCCUAAUAUCUCUAAGAGGUUUCAAACUUACAGGAUAGACUCCCACACUCAAGGGUUAUCUCCUGAAUAAGGGGGGUUCUCCGAAUCCGGGGGGGCUCCUUUUCCUUGCUAUUGUAGUUAUGGUGCUGAAUGUCCAUAGUUAUGCAACUAGCGCAGCGACGAGUAAGCACCAGUAUAGGAUAUUGUUGAUGGUGGUCUCUGUUUUCAGGGGGUCUUUGGAUCUGGGGGGCCCUCCUUUUCCUUACUCUGAUUGUAGGUUAAGUGCUGAACAUCCUUAGUUAAGCGACUACCGCAUCGACUAGUAAGCACCAGUAUAGGAUAUUGUUAAUGGUGGUCUCUGUCUUUGGGGUGUCCCUGGAUGUGGGGGGCCUCCGCUUCCUUACUCAGAUUGUAAAAUUGAUUUUCAGCUUUAAAUUGGAUUCCUUUAAAGCUGAUCUCAAAAAGGUUGCGCUUGAUGAUAAUAUUGGAGCUGAACUUAAAUUAAAGUUGUCAAAGGUUAAAGUCCCCAGCACUGUAAUAAGAAAUGACUCGAAUACAGAUUUCGACACCAUCAAGAACCAUUUCAAGAUAUUGUGUUGCACGAGGGCAGCAGCAAUCAUCCUGAAUUAUCCAUCACUCAACAAGCUGUCCACUUACAUGUGUCUAUCCUCGAUUUUGCUGCCUAUUGCAAAUACAAGAAGCGUAUGAGGUUUGAACCCAACAUGCAACAUGUGCUAGGAACAGUGAAGACAAUUGUCCAGUCGUGGAUAGCAUUUUUGGAGACAGUAGGCGAAAAAGAUGAAGUUGAACAGCUCAAAGCAUUCAAUACAGUGAUCGCAAAAGCCAAGGAGGGUGACGAAGAAAGUUAGGAUUUGAAGAGCCUUCAGACCUCAGAUUCCCCACAAUGGAAAAGACCGAGCCCAUUUAUAUCUUAAGACACCAGUAUUAG